CGAUCGCCGUCGAGCUCCGGUGGAAGCCCCAGGUCUUCCGGUGGCAUGGAUUGUGAUCGCAACCCAUGGCUGGAGAAUAGUAUUGAAGCAUCAAGUGAAUUUGGAUCUAUCGUUGCUUCCCUUCUCAGACGGUUGCGGAGAAACUGUGAAGAUAGUCUCUCAAAUGCUUCCAUAACCUCGACCGGCUGAUAAGUCUGCCCGGACCUCCACAUAUGAUAGCGUGUAUAACGCCUUGAUGCAUGAUCGUCUUCGCUGUGAGCAUUCUCCAUACAUCAACAUCACUCAUGUGGUUCCUGAACAGUUUAGCCUUUCCAAUUUACCCUCCUCUCCUCCGCCUAUACCUCGUUCCCUGGUCUCGGGCAAAGACUAUUUCAACCUACCGGUUGUGUUCUCCAGUGCAGCGGUUGAUCCCGCCUAUCACAAUCAUCGGGGUCCGAUCCAACCAAAGACAAUGUGCUUUCCUAUGCUGGUCGUCCCGCCGCACACAGUCCACAUCUCGGUUCCGGAGCGGUGUCUCCCUCCGUCGUCCCCACAGGAAUAUCAGGACAUGUUCUCACGGCAUCGUUCGUCGUUCUUGGUGGACAGACUGUGUGAGCUGUCACUGAACGGCGGGUAAUUACUGUUCGUCUACCCCACGAGCCUUGGACCUUCAAGUCGCAAUACCUUGGACCAGUA